CUCUAGGAAGUCAAUCUUCUUUUUCUGGAUUCUCAUCCUUCAAAUGAUGAUCUAAUUAAAUUUUCAAUGGGAUGACUCUUCCGAAUAUUUCUACAAAAUCAUUGAGUUGGACUCAUCUCCGGGUUUAGCCCUCAACUAUUCCGAUUGAUUUCUCAGGAGAACUGUCCUCCUUCGUUUGUGCAGUUGAUUGCUUGUAAAAUGGAAAGCAACAAAGAUAAUGAUUUUACAUUUUGCCAGGUCAGUGCACCCCCUGACCAAAAUGGUUCUGAUGAACAAACGGUGGUUCCUGGAAUAAGAAACAUCACUUUAGAAGAGGACGCUUCAAGUAGGCAAAGCAAAUAUGAGUUUAUAGUAUGGAAUAACAAGCUUCCUUAUUAUACCGCUGCAAAGAAGGAAGAAACGAUGGGAUCCUUGUCCUUCAAUGUCAUCAGUACAGCUCCUCAAAUGCACCCUAGUGAAGCUGCAAAACAGUCGGCUCCAGAUGGUACUGAGAGCUCAUCAAAUGAAAAAGCUGCACAGAAGCUUGUGUGUAGGGAGCCUGUUGCUCGGGCCAAGGUCCCUUUUGAAAAGGGCUAUAGCCAAAUGGAUUGGCUCAAGCUUACACGUACUAAUCCUGACCUUGCCGGAUUGAAAGGGAAGUCAAACAAGAGGCUUAUAUCAAUGCGUGAAGUAAGGCAGCACCAAACAGAAGGCUCUAUGUGGACAGUUUUAAAAGGCAGUGUGUAUAAUAUUACUCCUUACAUGAAAUUCCACCCUGGAGGCAUUGACAUGCUGAUGAAAGCUGUUGGGAAAGAUUGCACUCCUUUAUUCAACAAGUACCAUGCUUGGGUGAACGCCGAGUUCUUGCUCGAAAAGUGCCUCGUCGGCAUUUUGGAUGACACUGGUGAAAAGAGGUGAGUCGCAGAUUGGCACGAGGAAGCAAGGAGCGUGCCCCCGUGUUUUUCUUCGGAUUGGGCUCUAAAAAUGAAAAGUUGAAGUUGAUUAUUAUGAUACUUUUUGUGUUGAAGAUGGAGAAAUAUUUUGUUUAAAAAACUAUUUUUCUAAUAAACACUAGUACAGAGAAACACCCUCAGCUCUUAAUUUAGUGCAAACUAUCCUUCAAGUUAGGUCCUAUCUCCAUGAAAGAGGACCUGUAAGAGGACAUUAGCAAAUUUAAAAUUCCAGAACAAAUGAUUGAUAUCCUC